AGGGUUCCUCUGUGGGACCAGUAAGGGUUCCUCUGUGGGACCAGUAAGGGCUUCUUCUUCUUUGUUUUAACUUCUGAAAUGCUUGGAUUAUUAUUUCUAUGGAUUAUUUGUUCUAUGUUUGUUUUGUAUUUAUUUACAUUAUGGUUAAUUAAUGGGGAAAUCAUGACAUGUUUUAUUUGUUAUCAAAGGUUUUAUUAUUUACAGUUUGUUUGUGUUGUGUUGUUUCGGCAGUGAGAUGAUGAUGUGUUGGACUGGAGAGGUUUUAGGGACUCUUCCGGUCCACCUGUCUGUGUAAUCUGCUCCUCAGAUUGAGGAUUAACUUCAGAUUAUAAUCCGGCUGUCCUUCCUGCCGUCUGUCCACUGGUUCCAAGAUUUAUAAUCUUCAACUUUAAAAACUCCGUCGGUUCCAGGACAUCUGAAGCAGGGCGGCUCCCAGGGCCCAGAGUCAAACUGCUCUGCUCACCCUCCGUCUGAAACCAGAGCCCAGUCCGCUCUGAUUGGUGAGCUGGCUCUGUUGUGAUUGCUCAACCGCUUAUAGAUGUCCCGCCCCUUAGUUUAUCACCCACAAUGUGUGGGAGUGCUAGUGUUCCAUGAAGAUGGCGGGCUGGUAGGUGUGGGAGUGUAGAGAACACACCACAGAGAGGGAACACCACCGAAGAAGAAUAGGGUCACAUUUAUAUCCUUUAACAGCACUGUAAAGGGGAUCUGAGACCCUGACCCUAAAGGGGAACUGAGACCCUGACCCUAAAGGGGACCUGAGACCGUGACCCCUUACCCUAAAGGGGACCUGAGACCCUGACCUCUGACCCUAAAGGGGACCUGAGACCCUGACCCCUUACCCUAAAGGGGACCUGAGACCCCUACCCCUUACCUUAAAACUGACCUGAGACCCUACCCCUGACUUUAACUCUCUCUUCUCUCACUGAACCUCACACGGAUUAAAGGUGGCCGCUUGACGGCGUUUCCACGAUGCUUCGCUCGCCCUCCUCCUCUUCUCCUGUGGUGGAGCUGCGGCUCCUGCCUCUGAUCCUGCUGCUGAACAGCCUGGUGAGGUCAUCGUCUCCGGCGACCCUCGGCCUCCGGUGGAGAGGCGCCAGAGUCUUCGCCCAAAACAUCUGCCAGUGCUCUGAGACAGUGGGGGGGGGGCUGACGCUGCGCUGCAGUGGGCUGCGACUCACACAGAUUCCUUUGGGUUUCCCCAACAUCACGGACCGUCUGUUCCUGGACCGGAACGUGCUCAGCUCUCUGCCGGCCGACAGCUUCUCUGAGCUGCCACUGGACGAGCUGGACCUGUCGCACAACCAGCUGUCCUCCCUGGACCCCGGGUGUUUCGGGGGUCUGGACUCGCUGCGUUUCCUGGAUCUGUCCUUCAACCGGCUGACCGCGCUGGAGCCGGCGUCACUAGGCGGGCUGCGAUCACGCACCAACCUCACACACAACCCCUGGCACUGCAACUGCAGAAUGCAGCUGAUGGUGCCGGAGCUGGUUCUGGACCGGUCGUCUCUGCCUGGAGUCGUCUGUCAGACCUCAGACCUCCACAACCUCGGUACGUUCCAGUCUCUGCUUCCCUUACACAUCUCGUUACAUCCCGUUACACACUGUCACACGCACACACAUGCACACACACACACACAUAUGUCUGAUGUACGAGGAGAGUGUGUGCAUUUGUGUGUGUGUGUUUGCGCGCGCACGUGUGUUUCAGGCGCGGUGGGGCGGCCUCUGGUUCUGCUGAUGCAGGACUGGGACCUGUGUCUGUCGGUGAGGAGGAACCCGGACGUGGUGAUGCUGGUCACCAUGGUCCUCUGGUUCUCCGCCCUGGUGUCCAUCCUGCUCUACUACAUCCGGCAGAACCAGCAGCUGGCCCGGCAGCACAUGGAGUACGUAAAGGCCCUGCAGCGCCGCUCUGCAGCGCCCCCUGCUGUGGAGACCUGUGGGAACACUGCUGUGUGAACACCCUAAAGGUCACAUAUUGUGCAAAAUUCUUAACAAAACAUUUAUUAAAUUGUGAAAAAGUGAAAUUGCCCAACAAUUGUACACCUUUCUAGACACCUUGAGUCCUGAGUGACGUCUUGUUUUGUUUUUGUUUAUUUACUGUUCAUAAUGCCCU